AUGGUGAUACAGCUGAAACAGGAACUGAUCAUGAACAGUUUCAAGACAAUUGAUGCUCGUGGAACCAAUGUUCACAUUGCUAAUGGUGCUUGCAUCACCAUCCAGUUUGUGACUAAUGUUAUUGUCCAUGGUCUAAAUAUCCAUGACUGCAAGCCCACUGGAAACGCCAUGGUAAGGAGCUCACCCAAUCACGUUGGGUGGAGAACAAUGGCUGAUGGAGAUGCCAUUUCCAUUUUUGGGUCAAGUCAUAUUUGGAUCGAUCAUAAUUCACUCUCUAACUGUGCUGAUGGCCUUGUUGAUGCUGUCAUGGGAUCCACUGCAAUUACAAUCACCAACAAUUACUUCACUCACCACAAUGAGGUAAUGUUAUUGGGACAUAGUGAUUCAUACGUUAGGGAUAAACAAAUGCAAGUGACCAUUGCUUACAAUCACUUUGGAGAAGGACUCAUCCAAAGAAUGCCAAGGUGUAGACAUGGAUACUUCCAUGUGGUGAACAAUGAUUAUACUCACUGGGAGAUGUACGCCAUUGGGGGUAGUGCAAAUCCUACUAUCAAUAGCCAGGGUAACAGAUAUGCUGCACCAACCAACCCUUUUGCAAAAGAGGUUACCAAGAGGGUUGAGACAGCUGAAUCUGAGUGGAAAAACUGGAAUUGGAGAUCAGAGGGAGACCUAUUGAUGAAUGGUGCCUUUUUCACUCCAUCUGGUGCAGGGGCCUCAGCAAGCUAUGCUAGAGCCUCUAGUUUGGGAGCUAAAUCUUCAUCCAUGGUUGCUUCCAUAACAGCCAACGCCGGUGCACUUAACUGCCGACGAGGUCACGCCUGCUAGCAUUCCGAUCUCGUCGUCUAUCACUUAUAUGUGAAUUUUCCAAGUAUUUACUUACAAACAGCCUUACCCAAUAUCCAUAUUCUAUCAUUUCAUAUCUUCUUCCAACUCUCUCAUAUCUAAAAAACAAGUGUACAUUUUCUCUUGUCUCGUUGCCGAGACGAUUCCCUAUUCGAUGUGUCCCGGUUUGCUGUUUGUUGAGACACUCUGAAAUCGCUCAACCUCGGCCUGCUUUAACUUGAAAAAGACAUCAUUUGGCAUUCAGCAAGCAGGUGCUGAAGCGUUGUUCUUGUCUUCAUUUAUUCCCUUCUUUGGUUCCCCACUUCUGUUCUUCCCAAUCCAUUCCUCAAACUAUCAUUGUUGCUCUUUAUGUGUAAUGUUCUGUCUUCUUGUUCCUAUAGGGUAUUGAAUGAUUGAGUGUUUUUUUUUUCUUCUUCUUUUUUUAGUUUUUUCUUUUAAUUUUUAUUUUUUACACUUUGUUCUGUUUAGUGAUACAAGCUAUAGUAUGUUUGUCAAACAUUGAAUUAUCAAAGCAAAAGUUUGCUGAAGAUGAUAGCAAAUAUUGUUGAUAU